AUGAAUAUCGAGGUGGUACCGUCAACUUUUAAGGAAGACCUCGACCCAACUUCUUUCGCCUCGCCGAUUGAAUACGCGAAGGAAACGGCCCGGCGAAAAGCCGUCGAGGUGGCCCGUCGCCUUGGCAUGGCCGAAAAGCAGAGUGGCGACAGUGUCAACUCACCCCCAGAUAUUGUUAUCGGAGCGGAUACUAUAAUUACUGUCGGAGAUAAGAUUUAUGGAAAGCCAAAGGAUGAAGAAGAUGCAAAACGGACACUAAAAGAACUAUCUGGCAAGCCUCAUAUAGCAAUAACUGGCUUUGUACUUGUUACACCUGGCACCUGGAAGGUUGGACAUCUACUGAAAGAAUCAGAGGACAAACCAGCACUUUGUGUAGUGCUUGCGUACGAGACCACAGAGGUUUUUAUGUGUGAGCUGGCUCCCGAAAUUAUAAAUGCCUAUCUUAAAACUGGUGAGCCAAUGGGAAGAGCCGGUUCUUACAGCAUCCAAGAUUUGGCAGCCACAUUUGUUGAGUCUAUUAAUGGGGACUACUACAAUGUGGUUGGACUUCCUUUGCAUAAAUUUUGUAGGCAGAUGCUCCAGACUCUCUCUCUCUCUCUCAUAUCUAUCUCUCUCUCUCUCUCAUAUCUAUCUCUUUUUCUCAUUAUAUAUCUGUCUAUCUCUGUAAAGUUAUUUUGA